AUGGGCAAAUCCGUCACCCCGCGCACCGGCCACGCCACGGCGCGCAUCAACGGCACCGUCAUCGCCGAGGCGACGUCCUGGCGCGAGACGGAGGGCAACGUGUAUUUCCCGCCGGAGAGCGUGCACAAGGAGUACCUGCGGGGGGCGACGCUGAAUACGUGGUGUCCGUGGAAGGGGGAUGCGAGUUAUUAUACGCUUGAAGUUGAUGGCCAGAAAUUUGAGAAUGCGGCGUGGUAUUAUAAGGAGCCGCUUGAGGGGGCGCUUGAUUUGAGGGACCAUGUUGCUUUUUACAAGACCAAAGUCGAGGUCACUGUGGCUUAA